AACCCCAACCCUUGUUCUGAUCAGCUGGGACAAUAACAACAAUAACAGCAGAUUUCGGGGUCAGGAGACAACUUUGGUUGACGGGACAGUGCGAAGGUUAUCAGCGAACGGGUGUACAUGCUAUGCUAUCCGGAUAUAAAUAUCGUUUUCGGAUUAUUUACUAUUAUUCCUGUUUUUUUCAGAUUGCUUCCUGAGAGCCCUGGCAGAAAGACAGGGGGGUAGUCCGCUAGCUAUUGCUGUCAGUAAUAACAAGUGAGCUUGUUAGCAUGCUAACUUGCCCUAUAUAUUUGGAAACUGAAAUAGUGCAAAUUUGUGAUCUAAUUAAAAAAUAAUUAAUGUUAGAGCUAUAAAUAGUAUUAUUGUUGUUUCAAAAUUUGGUUCUGUUUCAAAAUUGUUGCUUUAGUCUAGUGUCAGCCUUAAAGUUUUACUUCAGCCUAUCUUUGUCCUCCGGUGAAUAUACAUAUUUUUCUGUAAAUCAUUUUCAAAGCUCUGGACUGCGUUACAAACAACUGUUUACAAGUCUUGACUGUUUUGCCAUAGCUAGCUUGCACGAUUGCUUGACAAAGAGAAAGGAAUAGAGCUUGACUGUGGUUUGGCCAGGCCUCGACGCAUACUGUACUCUGACAGGAAAGAUGAAAACAAAAGAUUAGCUUUACAGCUAGCUGUAAGUUAUAGAGUAAGACUUUGCUUGUAGUAACAGGCUAGCAAGUAAGCUAACGUUUCUGAAUGUACUUGCGGUAUAAUUGGCCGCUUAGUAACUGUGCACGGUGCUAACGUUACAAUGUUUGCAGUACAAUCAUUCUAAUUCCCUAGCUACAUAGCUAGCUAGCUGGGGUUGGUUUCAACUCGCUGUUCCAACAUCUGUUUUGUUCUCUAAUAUAGAAUAUAGCCGAAGCUGUUUGGAUAAAGUCAAUUAGCUAGCCAUUUAGUGUAACUUAUUCUACGCUUCUGUGCAAGUAAACGUCAGUACUAGAUAUGGUUAAUCUCUUAAAUUAUAAACAGAAUCUUCCAGCACGUUUGCACCGUUACCGUCAAUCAUUCAGUAUGAAAGAAGUCACAGGGUGUUCCUAACUAGCAACUUUAACAACAGAGGACCUGAGUGAAGCCCCUAAUCAUAACCAAGGGCCAGGCACGUUGCGUUCCCUUGGUCUGUGCGAUGUCAGAGACGCUUAUAACGGGUCAGACGUCGGAGGACCUACUGGCAGACUUCGAGUCUCUUCUCAAUGCUGGAAGCAUCGACCUGUCACAGGACCACCAGAUUGUCAUCAUUUCUACCCCAAACAAUGUGGGCCUCCAAACUACUGCCCCCACCACCACGGGGGAGAUCCUUCUCUUUGCCACCCCUCAGGGACCAGCCAACGUGGUGGUCCAGGACCAGAGGAGACCGACUCUAGGACGACCUCCGGUGAAGAGGAAGCUGGACCUGGAUAGUGACCACCAGUAUGUGAGCACCUCUCGCCCCCCGUCCCUGGGCCGUGCCCCCCCCUCCACGCCAGCCCCCCCAAGAGUCCCCAAGGCCACUGCAGAGAAGUCCCGCUAUGACACGUCUCUCAACCUGACCACCAAGCGCUUCCUGGACCUGCUGGCCCAGUCCCCUGAUGGCGUGGUCGACCUCAACUGGGCCUCGCAGAUUCUGGAGGUGCAGAAGAGACGCAUCUAUGACAUCACCAAUGUCCUGGAAGGCAUCCAGCUCAUUUCCAAGAAGUCUAAAAACAACAUCCAGUGGCUGGGCAACCGAAUCGACGGGGCUUCUGUGGCCAGACACCGAGACCUGCAGAAGGAGGUUUCCCACCUGACCGAGGCAGAGGACAAACUGGAUGAGCUCAUCACUAAAUGUAACCUCCAGCUCCGACUCCUCACCGAGGACUCCCAGAACAAGAAGCUGGGCUAUGUUAAAUGCCAGGACCUGAGGAAGUCGUUUGAUUCUCCGGACCAGCUGGUGAUGGUGAUCAGAGCCCCGCCUGAGACCCAGAUGCAGGUGUCCGAGCCCAGCGAGGGCUACCAGGUGUCUCUGAAGAGCACGCGAGGUCCCAUCGACGUCUUCCUGUGUCCAGAUGACAGUUCAGGGGUCUGCAGCCCAGUGACAGGAAGUAGCCCAUCCAAACCUGCCACCCCCCCCUCGCCCCCGUCCACCACCGUCACCCAACCUCACAGUAGCUCCUCCACACAGGAAGUGACGUCGGCCAUGGCUUCCUCCUCCCGGACAGACUCCUCUCCUCUGCAGCUGUGUGGUGACGCUGAAUCGUUCCUGGAAGGUGACCCGUUCUCUAACCUAGGAGAGAUGCCCAACUUUGACUUUUCACCACUGUCUUCCUCUGACUUCCUCUUAGACCGCAAUGGCGAGUGCCUCUCCCUCCCAUUGGACGGUUUCAUUAACAUAUCCCCGCCCCACAGCCAUGACUACCAUUUCGGAUUGGAGGAUAACGAGGGCAUCAGUGAACUGUUUGACUGUGACUUUGGGGACCUAAAGCCCCUGGAGUUCUAAAGGGAUGGACACGACCAGAGACAUCGCCGUGUCGUACACGCACACACACAAACACACUUACAGCCGUUGUUCUAAGGAAGGGUUGUGAGUAAUGUUUAGAAUAACAAAACCAGACACAUCUUCAUCAAACACACCCUUUUACAUCCGGUGUUCUAAGGAAGGGUUGAAAGAAGUUUUCAUGUGAUCCUCCCCACCCAACCCCUCUUCAGAGUUCUGAAGAAUGAAGAUGGGACUCCGCCCCUUUUAUAACUGCACUUCUUUCAAGUGGUAGAGGCACUGCCCCCCCCCAACACACAAACACACACACACACACUGCCUCUACCCAAAAUUAGGCUCUAACCUUGAAUUCAGACAGCGCCUAAUACUACUGCAGCACUUCAAUCAUCCAACCAAGAAUCUAGCUUUAGUUUGGCUAUUUAACGUAUUUAUACCAAUAAUGUUUCAAUCUUUUCUACUGCUGGGGAAAAGCAGUUUGUUUGAGUUAUUUCUAUCUGUGGUUUUCGCAGGUGUGUACAGUCAGUGGGAUAAGGACUUCUGAAUGAAAUCAGCUGGAGUAUUGGCUCUCUGAGAUAUUACUGAAUUGUGUUGUCAGGUUGUUCAUGAUGUGAUAAGUCCUAGUCUCAGGUAAAUUGAACUGACAGACUUUUAAAGGAAGAGUUGAUUUUAAGGUGUUUUUCAUGACGUUGAGAAACAUUUCAUAAGCAGCAAGCCUAACAAAAAUAUUAUGUUUUUUUUUUUAUAUUUUGUUUACAAUUUUAGAAAAGGCAAGUUCAUGCCUUAAAUCAAUAAAUCCACAGGGUACAUCUAGUUACCUUUUUAGGAAAUGAUCUCUUUUACGCACCUGCCUAAAAUUUGAGCUCCUUUAUUUCAUCAUGCUUUUCAUAUAGAAGUUAAUUGUUAAUCUUAUCACAAUCCCUGUGACGUAUUCUGGCUUGGUUGAGUUUAACAUCCUGUUAUUGUCCCUCUCCUACUUCAGUGCACUUGAAGUCGACUUGUGUUUACUUGCGUGUUAGCUCUCUCUCUCUGAAGCUACCCUGGUCUGCUCAUACGUUCCAACACGUUCUUGUAUUUCUGCUAAAGUAUUGUAUGUUUGUGUGUUCGAAUGUUUUAUUGUUCAAAUUUACUAUUUAUUUAGUAGGGUGUCUUCUCAUGGAUUUGAUGUGGUACAGGAAUACUGCAUUGGUUCCAGUCGAUUGGGAAAGGGAUGGGGGUAGGGAGGAUUCAGUCAUGGUAUCAAAUGAUGUGAUGGUCAGAGGAAGUGAUGUAAGAUAUGGGGUCACACCUUCCAUUUUUAAGUUGAUUUUAGCUGGUUACCUUGAGACUCUCUUGUGGCAUGAAUGUAUGUACGUAUACAUUAAGACCUAUGUUUGUGUUUCCUAGCCCCGGGGGUGCCUUUGUCCUACCCCAUCAUAAGCUAAUUCUUAGGCACAUCCAUGGGAAGGUUGGUUCUCUGAAGCAACCAUCAAGGAGCCUGUUUCCACUGUCUCUGGCCUUCAGUUUCAUUCUCUUUCAAAAUGGCAGCUGAAUUAAUUGAUGUGUUUGCUUUUAUGAAUGUUGGAUGUUUUUGUUUAGUUAUCACAUCUCACUAUUUUCUGCAGGACUUAUGCAGUGCCUUAUAAGAAAAGUAUUUGUUGAAAAGGUAAUAUCAAGCAUUUUGCUUGGUGAUGUUGAUGGUAGAUUUUGCUUUCUUAGGGCGUUCCAACAAGUAAACCCAACUUUUCAAAAAGUAUAAGUUGCUUUUUAAUUUGCUUCUGUCACCUAUGUGAUUAGUUUGACCAUUUAUUUUAAACUGAAAAAUAUUGUUUUGGGAAAUUUAGCUGGCCAAUUAGUCUAGCUCUCUUGACUCAUUCACUUUAUAGCAGUUUUGUGGGUAUAAUUGAGGUGUUUAAAUGAACUUGUUUGAAUAACUGGUGCGCUGAGUUUUAUUUGGAUACGUAUGCCAUAGCCAGGCUUGAUAUUUGACAGUGGUCAUGCUGGAGUUCAAAGUGCUUAAUGGAACCUAGAGGGCUUGUCCAGCUACAUUACAAUCAAACUUCAUCAAUUCUGCGCUUCCUGUAAAAACAUUGUUACAGAAAUUAUUUUUUGGUGGUCACAAAUAAGGUGAUGAAAAUAUAUUUUGUACUUGUUGAAUUUGAGUGGAUUUGAGCAUGUCCCCUUUUGUAUCAAGUUUGGUUUAAAACAAAGAAAUAAAAACCAUUUAGAUUCGA